CCCACUUCACCCCGUAUGUGUUUUGUUCCACUUUAGCUUUCUCCUGAAGGACAUCUCCUCACCUAUCUAGAGAAAAUCUCGUGUCGUGGCAGCGUUUGAAGAUGCCACUGUCACGCUCCUUGUCCAUGACAUCCCUAAGCGGCGUACUGCCAGCAUGGGAGGAGGAUGAGCUGCCUGUGGAAGACCUGCUGCUGUUUGAGGUGGCCUGGGAAGUCACCAAUAAAGUCGGUGGAAUCUACACUGUGAUCCAGACAAAGGCUAAGAUCACUGUGGACGAAUGGGGGGAGAACUACUUCAUGCUUGGGCCAUACUUUGAACACAAUUUUAAGACACAAGUUGAGGCCUGCAAGCCGCCAAUUCCCAGCAUCCAAAAUGCCAUGGACGCCCUGAUCCACAAUGGCUGUCAGGUUUAUUUUGGCCGCUGGCUAAUCGAGGGUAGUCCGUAUGUUAUCCUGUUUGAUAUUGGCUCUGCGGCCUGGAACCUGGACCGUUGGAAGGGGGACCUGUGGGAGACCUGCAACAUUGGUCUGCCAUACCAAGACCGAGAAGCCAACGACUCACUCAUCUUCGGCUCCCUGAUUGCCUGGUUCUUUAAAGAGUUAACAGACCAGCUUGGAGACAAUCCAAAUGUCAUCGCUCACUUCCAUGAGUGGCAGGCAGGUCCAGGGCUUAUUCUCUGUCGCUCUCGUAAGAUCCCCAUGGCAACGGUUUUUACUACUCAUGCAACUCUGCUGGGACGGUACCUCUGCGCUGGAAAUGUUGACUUUUACAACAACCUAGACAAGUUCAACAUUGAUAAAGAGGCUGGUGAACGACAGAUCUACCAUCGCUACUGUCUGGAGAGAGCUGCUGUCCACUGUUCUCAUGUCUUUACCACAGUCUCCCAGAUCACUGCUGUGGAGGCCAAUCACAUCCUGCACAGAAAGCCAGAUACAGUGACUCCCAAUGGGCUGAAUGUGAAAAAAUUCUCUGCCAUGCAUGAGUUCCAAAACCUGCACUCCAUCAACAAGGCUCGCAUCCAGGAGUUUGUCAGAGGACACUUUUACGGACAUCUGGACUUCAACUUAGAGAAAACCCUUUUCUUUUUCAUUGCUGGACGCUAUGAGUUCUCCAACAAAGGUGCUGAUAUUUUCCUUGAGUCGCUUUCCAGGCUGAACUACCUGCUGAGGGUCCACAGAAACGACAUAACAGUAGUAGUUUUCUUUAUUAUGCCAGCAAAAACCAACAACUUCAAUGUGGAGUCCCUGAAGGGGCAAGCUGUACGCAAACAACUCUGGGACACCGCCCACACUGUGAAGGAAAAAUUUGGGAAACGGCUGUAUGAUGCUCUAUUAAAAGGUCAGAUCCCUAAUAUGAACUCCAUUCUGGACCGAGAUGACCUUACUAUUAUGAAGAGAGCCAUUUAUGCCACUCAGAGACACAGCCUCCCUCCAGUGACAACCCACAACAUGCUGGAUGACUCAACAGAUCCCAUUCUGAGUAACAUCAGACGAAUUGGCCUAUUCAAUUCCAGGAAUGACCGCAUUAAGGUUAUCUUCCAUCCUGAGUUCUUGUCCUCCACUAGUCCCCUGUUGCCCAUGGACUAUGAGGACUUUGUCCGUGGCUGUAACCUUGGAGUAUUUCCCUCUUACUAUGAGCCUUGGGGUUACACACCAGGUGAAUGCACUGUCAUGGGCAUUCCCAGUGUGACCACCAAUCUGUCUGGUUUUGGUUGCUUCAUGGAGGAGCAUGUAUCCGACCCUGCUGCCUAUGGUAUUUACAUUGUGGACCGGCGGUUCCGUUCUGCUGAGGAGUCCUGUAAUCAGUUGACUCAGUUCAUGUUCAGUUUCUGCCAACAGUCCCGUCGUCAGCGCAUCAUCCAACGAAACAGAGCUGAGAGAUUGUCUGACCUGUUGGACUGGAGAUACCUAGGACGGUUCUACAUACAUGCACGCCACCUUGCACUCAGCAGAGCCUUCCCUGACAAGUUCAAAGUGGACCCAAUGGCCCCUCUGAAGACUGAGGGUUUCCGCUAUCCCAGACCUUACUCAGUGCCGCCCUCGCCCUCAGCUUCCGUUCACUCCACGCCCCAUCACAGUGAUGUGGAGGAUGAUGACGACAAUGAGCCCUACGAUGAAGAUGACGAGGCCGAAAGGGACCGGCUGAACAUAAAGGCUCCUUUUGUCCUGGGUGCUGCACCAGAGGGCAAAAAGAAGCAUCCAGGAGAAUCAGGAAACUGACAUGAUGCCUAACUGAUUCCUAGAAAUAGGGCUAUGCAGUGGACACACCUGACAUAAACUGAUUCCUUGGAAAUGUAACACUCAGGUAACGUUGUAAUUGACUACAUGAGGAAUACAUAUUACAAUUAGUGCAAAAAAAAAAGAUCUACAAAUGUUAAAUACAGUGGAACCCAUUUAAGCCAACAUCUGUCGAAUUGGCUGACUCACAUCAUUUUAUCAGCACUACUGAAACUAGCCAUUGAGUGCGCAUUUUUCUUUUUUUUCCUUUUGGACUAGCUUUGGUGAAAAAUGUUUGUGCAUGUUUUUUUUAGCAGUGUCGUUAACAUCAUCAUUAUUGCUUGCGGGUAUUUGCACAAGUGGAUAUGUGGUUAUGCAAAUACCUGCAAGCAGUAAUGAUGAUGUUAACAACACUUCUACACUACUAACAUGUUUUUCAUAGAAAUGGUUCCUUUGCGUCUCAAAUUCAAUGUUGAUGUUGACUAAGCCGAUAGUUUUUAGUAAUAAAAAGACCAUGGUGUACCGAAACUUAAUGUGUUGGUCGACUUAAACAGAACUGACUUAAACGGGUUCUACAGUAAAUGCUAGUAGGGGUGGGUACCAUAUUCAGUACUUUUAUAGGCAUCAACCGAAAUAUGUCAGUAGUACUGCAUACCGAUUCACAUAAAAUCCAAUGGUACUACAUUUCACUACCACAGUUGCUCAUGACUGUACAUCUGGUUGCAGACUUGCACUAGCUCUAGCACUUGGCGGGGAAACAAGCAGUCAAGCACUCUGCUGUACUGUCUUUAGUUAAUGUCACACUUUUUCCCUGUCAACAAACCAAGAAGAAGGAGUUCAAAAGUACAUUGACAAUUCACUUUUAAAUAUGAUUUUGAUAUAUAUUGGAUUUGCCCAAGACAUGCCACUGAUUAGCAUUAGCGAUUUUACAUGGCUAUUACAAAAUACCACAAAUUCUUUUAGCCAUUUUGAAUAUUCCACUUGUCCAUCCACCCAUCCAUCCAUCCAUGCAUCCAUCCAUGCAUCCAUCCAUCCACCCACCCAUCUUCUUCCGCUUAUCCGAGUUCGGCUCAUAAACAAAAUACAAAAAAAGUCUGCUAACAAUGGAGUCAAUGGGGGCUCUCUAUUGCACCCACAAAAACCUCUAAAUAACUAUCCAAAACCCGCCAACAAUACUCUAUAUACAUAUCAUGACCUGAAUAUUAACCAAAUAUUAGCAAUGUUGUUAUUUUAAGCGCUAACGUAGACAAACAAUUUUUAAGCGGCGGAUUGAUGACACACAGCUAAGUCACCCUCUGCUGCUUUAUUGUGAGCUGGCCUCGAUGUCUUGCUGCUCCUGCAUUAUUGCGUCUCGGCUCGUCAAAGUUAUUUUAGAUUUUAAAUCAUGCCUAUCAUCUGGAUAUUAGGAGGAUUUAGCCAUGAAUCUAGAAAUUGUUAAUCUGUGACAUUCAAUUCAUACCCUGAGAUGGAGACAAACACACAACCAAAGACAGGGAGACAUUUCCUUGUUAAGCCUUUGUGUGCAUCAUGAUUAAUUCUUCUUUGAAACUGGAAGAUAUGGACAUCCUAUCAGUCAUUUAAAAAUUGUUAUAGGGGGUUCUGCAUGACUUAUGGGGCUGAUUAAAAUACAUUCAAUGGA